AUGGAGAGAAUUGCAAUCUACUAUCAUUUUAACUUUGAAACCGACGACUCAAGCCUGAGCGCGGAUGCUUUGUUGGAGAGCUUAGUUGUAGAUUCCCAAUCGGACUCUUGUACAAGCCACCACACUAGCGAAUACGGAGAUGUGGCAGGAGAUGUUGGGGCGGGGUUUGGAGACUUUGCUGUUGACGGAGUGGCAGGUUUCGAUGAGUUUGCUGUGAAUGCUGUGAAGUUUGAGAGCGCCGACGAGUUUGAGGCUAGGAGCAGUGAUGGCGGAUGUUCAUCUGGCUCUGAAGCUCCAACCGCGACGUUCAAGUUUGUAGAUGAGUCGGAGCAGUUUCUGAAGAAGAGAAAGCCAGAGACUGAGAACAGCGACGUGGAGCAGGUCCGCAGCAGACUUAAGAGACGGAGCAAUCGGCCUGCGAAGGCAGGUUCUGCCAACGGAGAGGAUUCGAGAAGAAUGCGCAAUACCAUGGCCGCAAGAAGGUACAGGGAACGUCAGCGGAAGGAUGUUGAAGUUCUCGAUGCAAGGAUUCGGCAGAUGGAGGAGGAGCUCCGCAAUGCCAAGGUCGAGAUCAUGUGGUGGAAGAUGGAAAGCACCAGAUGGAAGGAGGAGGCCCAACGUAAGAGCCUGCCAGCAGAUUCGAUAUAG